GACAGUGAUUUCAACCACCGUGAUUAUUUAUCCCCAUAAAUUUCUUGGUUAGUGACAAAGCCUAUAGUUUUGUGCUCUCUGAAAAUACCCCCAUAGAAAAAAUGGGUACAGAAAACAAGAACAACAACAACAAUAUAGAAGCUCUAAGUGUUGAAGAAGGUCCAGAAGCAGUACUAAAGGGUGGUCCAACUAAUGACUAUGGCCCAACUUCAGCUCACACCGUUGACCAUGAUUCAUGGGGGCAAGUUGGGCUGAUGCUAGUUACAGCCUUCAACUGUGGAUACAUAUUGAGCUUUUCAAAUCUCAUGUUGGUGCCUCUGGGUUGGAUUUGGGGUAUCAUUUGCUUAUGUGUUGUUGGGCUCUACACUGCUUAUGCUAAUUGGCUCUUGGCCGGAUUCCACUUCAUUGAUGGCCAGAGGUUCAUUAGAUACAGAGAUCUCAUGGGCUUUCUUUACGGAAGACAAAUGUUUUAUCUUACAUGGGUUUUCCAGUUUUUGACCCUUCUUCUUGGGAACAUGGGAUUCAUACUUCUUGGAGGAAGAGCACUCAAGGAAAUCAAUUCAGAGUUGAGUAACUCACCACUAAGGCUGCAAUAUUUUAUCAUGAUCACCGGAGCAACUUAUUUCAUGUUUGCAUUUUUGGUUCCAACAAUGUCAGCAAUGAGAAGGUGGUUAGGAAUCUCUACCGUCCUUACCUUCACUUACAUUCUCAUCCUUCUGGUAGUGCUUGUAAAAGAUGGGAAAACCAACGAAAACGCAGAAUACAAGAUUAGUGGAAGCAAAGUGGACAAGGUGUUGAAUCCCUUUGGUGCAAUUUCAGCCAUUAUUGUUUGCAACUCCUCGGGCUUGCUAUUGGAGAUUCAGUCGACUCUGCGCAGGCCGGCAGUUGAAAACAUGAGAAAAGCCUUGUAUCUACAGUACUCAGUGGGACUCAUGGUAUACUACGGGGUGAGCAUUGUGGGCUACUGGGCUUAUGGUUCGACAGUAUCCGAGUAUCUCCCCAAAGAGCUUAGUGGACCCAAGUGGGUUAAAAUCCUGAUUAAUGCAGCAGUUUUCGUACAAUCUAUUAUCUCCCAACAUAUGUUUAUAGCACCAGUUCAUGAAGCCCUUGACACCAAAUUCCUGAAGCUAGACGAGAGCCUGCAUUCAAGGGAAAACAUCAAACGCCUCUUCUGCGUCCGAGCCUCUCUGUUCACAGGAAACACGUUGGUGACAGCAGCUUUUCCUUUCAUGGGCGACUUUGUGAAUUUGUUUGGCUCUUUCACUCUCAUCCCCCUUACUUUUGUCUUCCCAAGCAUGAUCUUCAUUAAGGUUAAGGGAAAGACAGCCAGAAUAGAGAAGAAGGUGUGGCAUUGGACCAACAUUGUCUUGUUUUCUCUCCUUGCUAUAGCAACUACAAUCUCUGCUGUCCGGUUAAUUGUCAACAAUGUUAGGGUAUACCAUUUCUUUGCACAUACAUAAGAACAACUUGGACUCAUGGGUGUACAUGCAAUUUUCAUUAUCAACAAUAGAGUAAUAAAAAAAUGAAUCCGAAGCAGGGUUUCAAAU